AUGUCAUCUCCAAUUCGAUCCGGCGAGGUCCUUGAGCACAACAAUCUACCUAUUCCCUCCGAGAUACGCGAAGCCAUCUGGAAGCAGGCCCUUAAGGGUAGCAUUGCGUAUGCACGACUCCCCACCGGUGAGAGCCGCAGUGUCCACGAGAUUCAAUCCCCACUCGCCCCUCUCUACGUCAGCCGUGCCACUCGCAAAGACAUCCUCCCCCUCAUUCUUCCUGCUGUUGCAUUCGACCUGCGGUUGACACCUAGCACUCUCGACAAGUUGUCGCGCAAGGGCACAUGGCCCUCGCUCCAGCGUGCAGAGCAGGUAAUCAUUCACUCCGUGGCCCACGCCAACGAGCUGCACAAGUCCUUGGGCACUAUUCUUCCGGAGUUGAAAAAGCUUACCUUUGUUUGGCCGGUGGCGAACAAUACCGCUGAGACCAUUUCUGCGAUCAUGGGCGAGCCCAACCAAGAGCACCGGAUCAACGGCAUUUAUGCGGUCAUCCAGCAGCAACUACUCGACUUUGACGAGCACAAACGGCGCACCGAUGCCCUUGCCUCCUGCACGAAGUUGGGCGGUUUCAAGCUCAUACUGCGGCUUCCCUUGUCAGAGGACCUGACCAUCGUCCUCGAAGAUCACCUUGGCGCACAGGAGGCCACCUUGGAGACAGUGGAUGGGUCAACCGUUGUGGAGCUCCCCGAAGAGUGGGAGUUCCAGGUCUGGCAAUUCUCAGAGAAGUUCUUGGAAGUGAAUAAACAAGUGCAGAGUAUCGUCCGAGCCCUGCGCUAUACCAGACUCACCCGCAGUGUCCUCGCUCAAAGAUUCGAGGUGCAGGUAAUGUGGGCGAUGGAGAACCAGGACAUGCUAAGGGAAGCGAGGCGCAACCGUAGGUCGCGGGAGUGA